AUUGCCGCGUACGGCUGCAAAAGUUUUUUGUUUUGUUAAUUUAACAUUUCUUAGCUCGCUGCGUUUUCCGUGUUUUAAGUUUUAUAAUGUGUAGAUUCGAAUAUCAGUACAAACGUAGCAUUAAGUUAAAAACGAGAUUGGCCAUUACUGGUUAACAACAACAAAACCGACUGAUAAGGCAGAAGGGGAUCCAAGCGAAGAAAUUAAACGCAUUGGAUUGCAAUAUUUGCUGGCCAAGCAAGCAACUGAAAGUAUAACAGCAGAAGGAGCCACCAAGAAGUCGAAUACACAUCUCUAAAAUGGUGGACUAUUAUAAAGUUUUGGAUGUGGCGCGCUCAGCUACAGACAGUGAAGUCAAAAAGGCAUAUCGAAAAUUAGCUCUGAAAUGGCACCCAGACAAGAAUCCCGACAACCUGGACGAGGCCAACAAACGCUUCCGCGAGCUUUCCGAGGCCUACGAAGUCCUGUCUGAUGCACGUAAGCGAAGGAUCUACGAUGCUCGUGCUACGCUGCACAAAUCCUCGGCCACCGGAAGCAGCAGCAACACAAGCUCCUAUUCCCGUUAUCGUAGUGGGAGCGGUGGGACCUCGUCCUACGGUCGGGACUACGACUACGACUACUAUCCGGGCCCGGGGUACGGUUCGGGCUCCGGCAGGCGGUCCGGCAACCGCUACCAGGCCUUCACCUUCCGCAACAUUUUCGAGGGCACACCGUUCCACAAGAUGUUCGAAAAGAAGCGUCGCAUUUACGAUGAGUACGGCAAGGAUGGACUGGGUGAACGUGGCCAGAGUCGAUCGAAUGCCCGCCACCAUUAUAAUACACACGAUUUCGAUGACUUUGAUAUUAUGGGCGGCUUUCCGUUUGUUUUUCGCCCGCCCGAAGAAGUAUUUCGUGAGUUCUUCGGCGUCAACUCUCCCUUCGCCGACUUCUUUAGAGAUGCCAAUGGAUAUUCAAAUGGCAGCACGAGCGGUUCGAGUAGCAGUCGACGCCAUGGUGGCAGCAGUGGAUCGUCUCGCCACCAUCAUCACCACCAGCACAAAUUGGCCAGUCCGUUCGGGGCACCUAUGCUCAACUAUUCGAUGAUGGACUUCUUUAUGCCCACCAGCGGCUUCACCUCGUUCUCGUCAAUGACAAGCGGCAAUGGAAGCAGUGGUCUUAGCCACACCCCUAGCGAUGGUUUCAAGCGUACCUGCACCUCGACGGUGUUUGUGAACGGCAAGAAACUGAUGACCAAGCGGGUCGUCGAAAACGGCAAGGAAACUGUCUUUUCAUAUGAAAAUGAUGUCCUUAAAUCAAAGACUGUGAAUGGAGUUUCCCAAAAGCUCUCUUCAAUAGCUAAUUAAUAAAGCCAACACAUAAAUAUAUAUAUAUAUAUCGAUAUCAGCAUCAGCACUGGCGAUUGCCGCAACAACAAUAACAGCAACAAAAAUCAACAAAGAAAAAGUCAUAAAUGUAAAGCAGAACAUUAACAAACCAAGAACUCGGAUUUCUUAAAUGCUUCGAUAUAUGAUACGUUUAACCAUUUUGUUCUACAUUAGAAUCUAGUUACUUUUAAUGGAACGAACAGCAGUAUAAAUGGAUUAGCAGCCAGCGUAGGACCAAGCCAGAGCUCACCAACAGGAGAAGCAGCAGGAGCAACCAUCCAUCUACCAGAUUCAACUCAAGGAAUAAACGACAGACAGAAUUUACAAAAAUUCCUCGUGAUAGCUAAUUUUCGAAAUUUAAUGUUUGAGAGUAGUUUUGAACAAAGCUGCUCAACAGAAAACAAAUAACAUCGGUGGAAUAAAGCCAAUACCAUCGGCAGCAGGAUCAACUAAAACGCAACUGUAAAUGCUAAGCGCUUAAGCAAUUUAGCCGAUAAGUUGUAGGGCGGGCCAGACUUUUAAAGCUGUUCGGAGAGUGUGUGUUUGGGUGUAUAUCUUUGGGGGAUAUUAAUUAUGUAUUUUUCGUGUAUGUAUCGUUAGUUACUUAAGUUGCCACAAUACUUACUAGGAAAUCAAAAAUCAAAACUGAAAAACAAUUCAAGAAACAAGCAGAUAAACGAAAUUUAAAUUAAUUCAAAUGUGGCUUUGCGUUCAAUUUUCUGUACAUUGUAAAGGAUAUGAACAGAACAACAAGCAACAUAUAAAUCUAAAUCUAAAUGUUUAUAGAUAUUUCAUAACCUAAACAUUUUUAUUAAUUUUAAUGCCGUAUCCUAGCGUUUAGUCGUUUUUUAAAUGCUUAAGACUAUUCUCACAUAACCUGCAAAACGAAUUCGCGGAGAAAAUUAAUCGUAACAUAAUCGCCCAUAAUUUAAUACCUUGUUUUAGCAGAGCCUCCAUAAUGAAAAUAAAAGAAAAAAACAAGAAAAUAUAAAUAUAAAACAAAAGUGAAACCAUUAA